UCAGUCGUGUGUUUUUUUUUUCUUUUUUCUUUUUUCCAAGAACAACCUGUGCUUUGUGUGUGUGUGUGUGAUGUUUUACCUGUAGCAUCACGUUUGUGUACGUGCCGUUUUUUAGAAUGACUGCCGCCAACACUUUGGUCUGUGUGUGAGGGCACGACAGAGUUUUAGAUCGUGUGGAUGUGUGUGUGUCAGGAUGAGUGUUCCUAUGUUGAAAAUUGGUGCGGUGCUCAGCACCAUGGCCAUGGUCACUAACUGGAUGUCCCAGACCCUGCCGUCGCUGGUUGGACUAAACGGAACCAUCAUCACCCCUGAGGGGACACAUGAGCGGAUCGUCAGUGGACUGUACCCCGGCUCAGAGGAAGGCUGGCAGGUGUACAGCACGGCCUCAGAUCCCGACGGCAGGUGUGUGUGCACGGUUGUGGCUCCUGCGAGAAACCUAUGCAAACGAGACCCUCGGAACAGACAGCUUCACCUCCUGACUGAGCAGGUUCAGAAUGUGAGCCAGUCCAUGGAGGUGGUAGAUCUGCGGACGUCCAGAGACCUUCAGUACGUCCGAGACUCUGAACCUCUGCUGAGAGGCGUGGAUGGGCGUCUGCACACUUAUGUGGCCAAUCCUCGCACGCUGACAACCAAAGGCCUCCAGGAGUUGAAUGGCCAGAUGUCUCAGCUCCGGCCUCUCUUGUCAGUGAUGGACCAGUACAGACUGGACUUACAAAUGCUGGCCACCUUGCGAAUGGAGCUGCUCAACCUAUCCAUCAUCCUCACAGCCAUUCAGGAAGAGAUUGGAGCGUAUGACUAUGAAGAGCUUCAGCAAAGGGUGUUACUGCUGGAGACCAGGCUGCACAGUUGCAUGAACAAAUUGGGUUGUGGUCGUCUGACUGCAGUUAGCAACCCAAUCACAGUGAGAGCAUCAGGGUCCCGCUUUGGCUCCUGGAUGACUGACGCCAUGAUUCCCAGCUCCGACAGCAGGGUGUGGUCCAUGGAUGGGUAUUAUAAGGGCAGGCGUGUGUUGGAGUACAGGACCAUGGGGGAUUUCACCAAAGGUCAGAACUUCGUGCAGCAUCUGCUGCCCCAUCCCUGGGCUGGAACCGGCCAUGUUGUCUACAAUGGGUCCCUCUAUUACAACAAGCACCAAAGCAACAUCGUGGUUCAGUACCAUUUCCGUUCUCGCAGUGUGUUGCUGCAGCGGAGCCUCAGCGGAGCUGGAUACAACAACACCUUCCCCUAUAGCUGGGGAGGGUCCUCCGACAUCGACCUUAUGGCUGAUGAGACAGGACUCUGGGCCGUCUACACUUCCAUCCCAAAUGCAGGAAACAUAAUGGUGUGGCCUGCUGCUGUCUUCUCACAUCCUUAUCAGGACAUUUUUAAACUGUGUUUUUCCAUGGUGAGCCGUCUGGACCCUCACUCACUGGUCGUCCUCCAGAGCUGGGACACAGGCUUUCCUAAGCGCAGUGCCGGAGAAGCCUUCAUGAUCUGCGGCACCCUGUACGUCACCAACUCCCACCUGGCCGGGGCCAAAGUCCACUUUGCCUAUCACACAAACACCUCCACGUACGAGUACACUGAUAUUCCCUUCCACAACCAGUAUUCCCACAUAAGCAUGAUGGACUACAACCCCAGAGAAAGAGCAUUGUACACCUGGAACAAUGGUCACCAGGUGCUCUACAACGUAACACUGUUUCACGUCAUCCGGAGCGAUGGCUAAAACGUAAAAUAAGAAGUGUUAAAUCUUCAUAUGAAAGGACACCGCAGCUUCCGACACACAAACACAAUUUUCAUUUACAUCAGAAAUUAGGAGUACUGUCUGUUUGAAUUAGAGCGACUUUAAAAAAACUGAUCAGAGUCAAGAGAUGUUGAUAGAAGGACAGAGGCCAGAAAUUAACCCAUUCUUAACCAGUUCUGUUUCAUUCCACUCAUUCAUCAAGUGGUGACUGUAGAAACAGAGGUGGAAAAAAAAACAUACAGGUCAUGAACUGAAUUUGCCUCCGAUGUGGAGAUGUGAUGGCAGUCCUGACAGAGAUAUUUUGGGUUUGUGAUGUGAUUGUGGACGUGUUCAGUCAGCAUGAUUGUUUGUUCAAAUAAACUUUACUGUGAACCUUAACUUUUUUCACUUUUGUGUUGUCAAACAGGAAAAUUCAUAUUUGUGUUUAUGUUGCAAUUUAUGUGCAUGGUGGUUUACACAGCAACUUCUAUUGAGACCCCUACCAUCAAAGCUG